AAGCGGAAGUGCGCGGCGGCUGCGACGGGCCGAGGGUUGUGCGGGCGCGUCUCCGGCUGUGCUGGCGCAUCUCUAGAUCCUUUCCAGGAGGUCAGUUAUGGGUGUGAGAGGCUUACAUGGAUUUGUGGGAAGUAGCUGCCCACAUAUAUGUAUGGCAGUAAAUUUCAGAGAGCUGGCAGAGCACCACCGAAGCAGGCACCCUGGAGGGACUCCUACCAUUGUGGUCGACGCCAUGUGUUGCCUCAGAUACUGGUACACGCCGGAAUCUUGGAUCUGUGGUGGCCAGUGGCGGGAAUACUUUUCUUCUUUGCGAGAAUUUGUGAACACCUUUACAGCUGUUGGCAUCAAGUUGGUAUUCUUCUUUGAUGGCAUGGUGGAGCAGUCCAAGAGAGACGAGUGGGUGAAACGAAGACUCAAGAACAACAGGGAGAUAGCCAAGAUCUUCCAUUACAUCAAGUCCCACAGGGAGCAGCCUGGCAGAAACAUGUUCUUCAUUCCCUCAGGGCUGGCCAUAUUCACUCAGUUUGCUUUGAAGGCCCUGGGUCAGGAAACUCUGUGUUCGUUACAGGAGGCCGACUAUGAGGUGGCUUCCUACGGCCUCCGGAACCACUGUCUUGGGAUUCUUGGAGAAGACACUGACUAUUUAGUUUAUGACACCUGUCCCUACUUUUCCAUCAGUGAGCUCUCCCUGGACAGUCUGGACACCGUCAUGCUCUGCCGAGAGAAGCUCUGUCAGAGCCUGGGUCUCAGCCUGUCCGACCUUCCUCUCCUGGCCUGCCUGCUUGGCAACGACAUCAUCCCAGAAGGCAUGUUCGAAAGCUUUCGUUACAAGUGCUUGUCUUCUUAUACCUCUGUGAAAGAGAACUUUGACAAAAAAGGUAACAUUAUCUUAGCUGUAGCAGACCACAUAUGUAAAGUUCUUCGGUUGCAUCAAGGUGAGAAGAAGCUGGAAGAGAUGUUACCUUUGGGGCCAAACAAAGCUCUUUUUUAUAAAGGAAUGGCAUCAUAUCUUUUGCCAGGACAGAAAUCUCCAUGGUUUUUCCAAAAACCUAAAGGUGUAGUAACUUUGGACACGCAGGUACUAUCCAUGAGUUCAGAUCCUAAAUCCAAGCAAGAAGUUCCCGUGUGUACACACCCUGAAUCCAAGCAAGAAGUUCCCAUGUGUACAGACCCUGAAUCCAAGCAAGAAGUUCCUUUGUGUACACACCCUGAAUCCAAACAAGAGGUUCCCAUGUACACAGACCCUGAAUCCAAGCAAGAAGUUCCUUUGUGUACACACCCUGAAUCCAAACAAGAGGUUCCCAUGUACACAGAUCCUGAAUCCAAACAAGAAGUUCCCAUGGGUACACACCCUGAAUCCAAGGAAGAAGUUCCCAUGUACACCAGCCCUGAACCCAAGCAAGGAGUUCCCUUAUGUACACACCCUGAAUCCAGGCAGGAAGUUCUCUUAUGCACACACCCUGAAUCCAAGCAGAAAUUACCUGUAGGUAUGGACCCUGAAUUUAACCUAGAAGCACCGCUGUGUACAAACCCUGAAAUUAAACAAGAAGAUCCUGUAAAUAUGGGGCCUGAAGUCAAGCAACAAGUAACUAUGGUUUCGGAUCCUGAAAUCUUAAAGGUCGCCAGGGCACAUCACGUCCAGGCAGAGAGCUACCUGGUGUACAACGUCAUGAGCAGCGGGGAGGUCGAAUGCAGCAACAGCCUGGAGGACGCGAUGGACCAAGCUCUGCCCAGCCAGGCCUUUGUCUACCGCCCAGUGCGGCAGCGGGUGUACUCCCUCUUGCUGGGGGAUGGCAGAGGUGGUGCCGGCACCUGCCCCACUGUCAAGGAGUGGUUUGUGUACUCUGGGAACCCGCUGAGGCAGCCGGACCUCGUCAGGCCUCUGCAGAUGAACAUUCCAGGGGGAACGCCUAGUUUGAAGCUCCUGUGGCUGAGCCAAGAGGCAGGACUACAGGCCCAGCGCCUGGACACACUCCUGGCCUGUUUUGACCUUUCCUUCUCGCGAGAAGAGCUGCAGGUGGUUGAGAGCCCCUUUCAAGCGUUGUGCUGCCUCCUGAUCUACCUCUUUGUGCAGGUGGACACCCUCUGUCUGGAGGAUCUGCACGCCUUCAUUGCGCAGGCCCUGUGCCUCGAAGGAAAGACCACCAUGGAGCUUGCAGACUUGCAGCUCGACCACGUCGACCCCAGGGCCGUGCAGCUGGGUACCCUCCUGGUCCGCGGCCUCACCACCCUGGUGCUGGUCAACAGUGCCUGCGGCUUCCCCUGGAAGACGUCGGACUUCAUGCCCUGGAACUUGUUCGACGGGAAGCUGUUUCAUCAGAAGUACCUGCAGUCUGAGAAAGGGUACACGGCAGAGGCGCUUGUGGAGCAAAACGUGCGCUCACAGCUUUCUUUACGUGUAGAAAAAAGGUCUCGACUCACCAGACUCCAUGCCCUGAAGUCAGUCGUGUGCAAGGCCUGCAUGAAGGAGAACAGACCCAUCGUCAGCCGGCGGCACUGGCGUUCACACCACUCAGGGCGGAGGGGCCGACAGGGACCCAGCACCCACAGGACGAGCUCUGGGUACAGCCGGUCUGGCCAAGGACAGCACUGGAGGGACCAGGGGCCAGGAAGUAGACAGUAUGACCCUGACCAAUGGAGAAGAUAUUAAUCAUCUUCUGGGCAGCGGGUAGAGAAGGGAGCCAGGAAGACAAGGCAGAGCUGAAGACACUCACGGAAAACCACCUGUGACACGUCGCCCAGAAGCAUCACUGCAGCUUCACCCCGAAUACAAGUAUCGUCCUAACAGUGAAUGUAAAUGCAGAGACCCUCGUGGGAGAGAACAGGGAGUGGAGAACUCGGCCACACUGCAGGAGUCCUCUGGUCGGCCGCACAGCAGAGGCCUCGAUGUCUGUCCAGAGCACGUGGUUACAGCUCCUGCUUCAUUUCCACACAGCCCAGUGGUGGGCCCAGGCCUCUGACAUACAAGGAUCCUUGUAAAAUGCAUUGAUGUGUCCAUGGUACAGCUUUUAGGUUUUGAUUCCUUGUUUAAAUUUGUCAGAAAGGCCAUUUUGUCAGGAGUUAGAGUUUUCCACUGGUGAGUGGAAAUGACUGGUUUGUGGUGACCAUUUUGCUCCUAGGAAUUAGCCAGACCUCAUCAUUAAAGGAGACACAUGCAAGAACCAGGGAAAAGCCGUGACCCAUCCAGGAGGGGGGCACCAGGGCCGCAUUCCAUGUGCUCUGUUCCUCAGCACUAGCCGCAAGGUCCACAGGGAAACCUGCAGCUGUACAGAUGGUCUGCUUGGGUUUGCCAUCUCUCUUCAUGUCAUAACGGUGAUCUGUGAUACAAGUUUGUGGUUUAUGCCAAAUAUAAAUGAUUAGUCUGUUACUAAUGAGAAAACAUGACUGACUUCUUUGCUUCUGUUUUUCAUUUGGACCUGUAGUUAAAGUUCUAGAGCUGGAACGGCCUUGGGGCUCUAACCCAGGCCUCUUAGGUAGCAGACGACGCCCACGAGGUUACCGUGGCGACCGCACGGUCUGGUCCUGGCUCUGCCUGGCCUCCUCCUACUUUGUGGCCCUGGUGUCCUCGUCUUCAAGUGUAAGUCACACGUACUCCCUAAGAGGAAAGAAGUGAUUUCUGUGCUGAUUUGUUGCUCUUCUCAUGUUACUUAAAUUCGUGCCGACUCGCAUUAGAUUCCUUACGCUCACAGCUCUUCCUUA